UUUAUUCGGCAUUAAGCUUGCUCAUCGAACGGUCGUGUCUCUGUGCGUUGCUCGCUUGAAAACUCAGGCCCCAGCCCAGUUAGUAACGGCGCGGCCCAAAGUGUGUCUCUCUAACCAACAAAAAAGCCGAUCGUGGUUCACAAACUGUGUAGUGCGUGUGCUCAGUUAAAAUAUAACAUAACGCACUGCCGUUCAGUGUUCAUUAGCUAAACGCGCUUGGUUUAUAGCAAACUUAACGCCAUGUCACAAUACAAAACAGCGCUGCUGGCUGCGCUGCUUGCUGCGCUGCUGUGCGUCUAUGCCGCAGCCACGCCCACGCCCACAUCCGCUGCCGGCGAGCACUGCCCCGCCGACUGCCAGUGCAUUCUGUCCCCGCACACGCACAAGCCGCUGGUGCAUGCCAAAUGCAACAGCACCGCCGGAUUGGGUGAGCAGUAUGUGGCCACGCCCGGCGCGUUGCCGCUGCAUUCCAUUGAUUUGUCAUUUGUGGGACUUACGCGCCUGGGCCAUGCGCUGGACACGCUGCCCGAUGUGACUUCGCUGGAUUUGUCGCACAACGAGCUGCACGACUUUGGGCAUCUCGGCAAGCGUUUGAAGAAACUCAAUCUGAAGCACAAUCGCAUUAGCUCGGCUAAGCUGGCGAAGCUGCCGCAGCAUCUGCAGGUGCUGAACCUGCAGCACAAUGACAUAACCUACCUGCCCAUGGAGCUGACGCAUUUGCAGCAGCUGCAGCAGCUGGAGCUUGGACACAACGAGAUCAACUGCUCUUGCGGCACGCUGGAGGUGCGCGACUGGCUGCAGGAGCAGCAUGUGUACAUGGAGAAGCCUGUGGUGUGCAGUCAGCCGCUGGAGGCGCAUGGCAAGCCCUGGCUGCAGCUGAAGAAGUCCGAGAUUUGCGCGAAGGAGCAGCGCGGCUGGUACGAUGACGAUGAGAACGAGCUGAUGAUGGGCGAUCAGCCCAUGAGCGACGAGCCAGAGGAGCACGAGGAAGAGCUGGGCAAGGACUAUUUGAUUAUUGAUGGUAAGAAGGCGGCCAAGUCGGCAGAGCCAGCUGCGCCACCAGCGCUGAGCGAUGUCGAGGGCUCUGGUGACCUCACCGAGAUGAACAUGCAGCUGCAGGCUACGAACAAUGCGCCCGUGACUGUGGCACCACCUGCUGCUGAGCCACAAGCAGCCAAGCUGGAGCAGCAGGAGCAGGAAGAGGAGAGCGAAGAAGGCAGCGGCAGCGGCGGCGGCAUGUUGAUUAUUCCAGCCUUGCUGCCCGAGCAUAACAAUCACGACGACUUUGAGCCACCAGAUGCAGUUGAGGAGCACGACAAGAAGAACGACGACGACGAAUUCGACAAUAAGCCAGUGGAGCAGCCAGCGGUCACAUUCCACUCCCAAGGCAUCUUCGAUAAGGAGGAGCCUGUUAGCGAGGAAGCCAUUGUGCCCAUAGUGCAGACCAAGCUGGACACAGCCGCAGGCAGCGAUGUAGUAACCGAUGGCCCCUUGGCCUCCGACAAGGCCUCAGAGGACAUACUGUCCGCCAAGAUUGGCAAGCAGGAUGACAGCAAUGCCAUCUAUUUGCUGCUUGGCGUCAUUGCGCUCAUUGUGCUGGGACUGAUACUCUUUGUUGCCAUCAAGCGCUGCCGCUACAACAGCAACAGAGCAGCGCGUGAUGCGGAGGCAGCGCGUCAAACUGAGCUGCUGGACAUGGACAAAAAGAAUCUGGGCAAGCCGCUGGGCAAUGGACGCAAUGGCCAUGAGCAUUCACCUUUGAUAGGCGAGAAGAGCAAGCUGGAUGAUGCGCAGAUUGUCAAUGGCAAGAAUCCUUAUGACAACAAGGACAAUGCUGGCGGACAGCCGCUGCUCAAUGGCAAUGGUACUGCCAAUGGCGAUGCCAAGGAUGUGCCCACUGUUAACGAACCGGAGCCAGCAGCACAUGAAUAUUAUCCCAUUACUCCUAGAUAUCCAACGCCACAAUCUCCGCGUGCCUCGAAGUAUGCGCAGCAUCCACAAAACGCCGAGCAGAAUAACAAUGAACCCGAUGGCGCUUAUUUGCCUUCGUCACCCAAGUCCGGACGCUACUCGCCCGUCUAUUCACCCGAAACGGGACGCGUCAAGAUUAAGCUAACGGAGACGCCCAAGCCCAAGACGCCCAUGUUGGUUAAUCGCAGCAAAUCCAAUGCUGGUGAAAUUCAGCUUACGCCUUUGGUAUUAUAAGUGGCCCAGCUAGCAACAACAACAACAAACAACAAUUGGAGCUGCAAUUGGCGUUUCAACUAGAGCUUAGGACAAUCGAUGUACGAGAUUGCAACAAAAACGGUGCUUUGAACAAGAAGAAGAACUAUAACUAUUUGUUUUAAGUUACCGACCGCCUACUUUUGCAACUACAACUCCUUCUACUACAACUACAACUACUCCCCCCCUCUUAACUAUAACCAUUUGUAGUCUAGCACUAAGUAAAUUAAUUAUACUUAAGCAUAUGUCUAGUUUAAUACCAAAGUUUAUGAAAUAUCUUAAAUGUUAAUUUCCAACAUACAAUAUGGAUAACAAACAAACUUUGCAACUACACAACAACAACAGAAAACAAUUUUUUCAACGAACGACAAGCUGCAUGCAGCAUCAGCAUGUGAUGUACACAUAAAAACACAUACAUACAUA